AACACGUACCUUUCCUAUCGGGCAUCUGUCAAAUCAAAUUCUUCGAAGCGACUGCUUUUGUGUUGUUUUCGAGUGCAAAAUAACCGGGAAAGAAAGUGUCCAAAACAACGCUCUGCAAGGAAAGAAAGAUUACAAUUGUGCGUGCUUAAAAUUGUUUAGAUAUACCUAAUAUUGCAAAUUUAGCGACGCACAACCAUGCAGUACGCUAUUGUGGAAAUUUUCGGGGAGGAGGCCGAAAACAAUAAAUUGCUAGCAGUGCCAGAAACGUGGGUUAUUUGCAAGAAUAAAACGAUUAAGUGUUUGUAUUGGCCAAAUGUGAAAAGCGUAGGGGAAUUGAAUGCGAUGAUCGAGAAUGGCCGCAUCACUCCAUCGGCCGCAUGGAAAAAGUUAGCAUGCAAAAUUAUCUACCAAAGUAUUGCCUCGUUCAAAUCGGCGCAAAAAAUCUUAGAAAUUUUGCAAAAGCAGCACAAAAUGAAUGCAAGAGUAAUUGCUCGUAAAAUGCUAAAAAAUGAGCACGAAGAGCCGAAUCGCAGUCAAAUCAACGCACCAGACAGAGAAGUACGGAUGAUUGCUGCAAAGAAUGAACAAUGUGCCAGUGUGCCGGAUUUGGAUAAUUGUGUGAAUACAAAGCAGGAGGAAGAUCCGUUUGGAAAUCUGCCUGUACCACCGCUGGUGCAAACGAUCCAGAGCAAAAUGUCCACGGAAGACGUGUACACGUUCUGCAAGACGAAGAAAGAGAAAGAUCCAUUAGGUGAUCUUUAUACAGCGACAUCACGAUCAAACGUUGCUACUGACAAAAAAUGGAUCCCAAGCAAGUCACCUGCCAAUGCGGCUUCGGCUGUUGGGGAGGAUGAUGCACAGAAUUGGUCUUCCCGUACAAUGCGUCAGUCGGUAUUUGAUCCACCGGAAGAUGUUAAACAUCCUCCACAGCUAUACGAUCUAAUAUAUGAACUAAAAAGCGUAAUGAUCCGCAAUCAGGAAGAGAUAAAACAAAACAUACGUGAAGGUUUCAAUCGAUUGGAAAAAACCAUUUUAUCAUUGAUUAAGCAAAAUGAACAUAUGCCAUCGAAAAUAUUGCAUAAAUUGAAUGGAACAGCUGGGCAGAAUGAUUUCCAUUUGGACAAUCUAAAAACCGUAGAAGAUGUGAAUCGCUUUGAAGACCAGCUAAGAAAUGAAGAAUAUUGGAAGAAGAUUCAAACCUUCGUAGAUUGCACCAUUCAUUACGAGACCAGACCUAUAAAACGAAUGAAACUAAUGUUCGAUAGGUUAUUCGACAGACAGUUGUUACCCCAGCUCAAUUGGAGCGGUAAGUUUGGCAAAAACCCGUUUAAAUACUAUUUCAACAUAAGAAAUUUAUUUGAAUACAUCGGCACCACUCCAACGCAUCACUCAAACGGAGUAGAAGUGACCAAAUUUUUUAUUAACACAUUGCAAUACGUAGUGCGUGUGCCUUCAACUGUCGCAAGCAGUGGAAAUAAUAUCGAUACAACCCAAAAGGAAACGAUACCAAACGUACAAGAGGAAGCUGCAGCACAGAAUGAUACGAUGCAACAAAGCAAACAGAUAAGGCAGGAUGAAAUGGUCGAAGAAGAUGAAAGGCAUGAACCGGAAGAAAGCAUGGAACACGAUGAAAGUGCAUUAGACGAACGUCAAACAUUGUCGGAGGUCGAGAGUGUAGCGAAUGCAUCAGAAAAUAGCUUUGUGGAAAAGCAUGUUAAUCGCAUUACAUGUGUGGAAGAACUUGAUACAUUGGAAAAUCAACUAAACGACUUGAAAGUGAAACAGCAUUUGCAUAGAUGGAUCGAGGAAACGGUUGGCCUUGAGGCUAAUGUGGAAAAACGAAUGUCUGUAUUGUUGGACCAGUUAAUGGAUAGAAAAGUAUUGCAAACCUUCAGUUGGGUGGAUGAAAACAGUGAAAAACGGCCUUUGCAAAGGUAUCAAAACUUUGUUAAACUAUUUGAGUAUGCCAGCAGAACCAUGAUACAUCAAACCAUCGUAUACAAUCAUCGUUAUGUUUCCAAUUUUUUUACGAAUUGCAUCAAAGAACAAUGUAGCACGUAGGCAAAAAUAAACCCUAAAAUUAGCUGA